AUGGAUUCGCUAAAAGCCGCUGUCGACUACUCGAAGAAUCUUGACAUGUCACGUAGCACGUAUUCGAGUAGAGCCAGCUCUAAACAGUCAUCUUCUUCAAAAAACAGUCAUGCCAGAAAUAAUAACAAGGAAAAGGAAACUACGCAAAUCACCGCAAGCAACUGCAAAAACAAGAUUGAAGAAUACAAGAGAGCAUUCAACUUCUUUGAUGCAAACAACGAUGGUCGUAUUACAAUUGAUGAACUUGAGAAGGCUAUGCAGAAGUGUGGUCAAAGACCGACCAAAUUGGAAUUGCGUCUUAUCAUGUACCACGGAGACAACGAUCAAAACGGAGUCAUCACAUUUGACGAGUUUGCCCACUUGAUGAACGGCACGGCAUCCAUGAAUCAAUACACAUAUGACCAACUCCGCGAGCAGUUUGACAUGUUUGAUAAGGACAAAGAUGGGUUCAUUGAGAAAAUGGAAAUGCUUUCAAUCGUGCGCGAGCUGUCGCUCCAGGCUUCAUUCCCACGUCAAGUUGUCGAACAGCUCUUCAAUGAGGCCGACAUUGAUGGGGAUGGAAAAAUCUCUUUUGAAGAGUUCGUCCUUGCCGUCAACUAA